AUGAUGUAUACAAUAAAAAAAAAUUUCAAUUCCAUGAUUUUUAUUAAAAUCUUUAUCUUUACUCUUUUAUUUUGGAUAAUUCGUUAUAACAAUAAUUUGAAGAGCUGCAAUGGGUUAUUGGAUGAGAAGUAUAAGUUAUAUAGAGAUUUAUACUUAACAACUAGUCGACAGUUAGCACAUUAUUCAGUGAAUGGAAAUAUUGAUGGACGAUAUAAUAAAGUGCUAGAUAAAGAACAUAUAUCUAAAAAUAAAAAAGACAUAUUAUUACAAAACAAAGAAUUAAAAGGAUGUGAAUUAAAAAGAGAAAUAUGGCAUAAAGUGCAUAAAAGUAGUAAUUCUUCGUUAUCUAGUAGAGCGGAUGUAUUUUGUGAAAAACAAAUAUUCAGCGUAUUACAUUCCAUUGACAAAAUAAAGAAUAACGAAGAAAUGACCGACUGGGAAAAGUGUACAGCCAUAAAUAGAAAGAAGAUAAAAUUAUUAUUAAUUCCUGCCUAUAUAUUUUUAUUGGUAGCUUUAGUAUAUUCAAGAUUAGCGUCUAAGUUAAAAGAUAUAAUUAAAGAACAAAAUAUAUCUUAUUAUCUUGUGACUAUAAUUUUAUUAGGUUUUGCAUUCGCGAUAUACUUAUCUAUUGUACUAGGCAUUAUUUAUACCUGUAGAAAAAUUAAUAAAUAUAGAAUUAUAAAAAAAUAUAAGCAACAAAUUUGUAAUAAUGGUACGGUUAAUUUAUAA